AUGGAUAGCGAGGAAAAUUUAGAAGGGAUGAUGGGGGAGUGGUUGGAGUAUGUUGAAACUAAUUUGUCAAGUUCUGAUGGAGAAGAACAAGCGAAGGAAAGGAAAAAAGAGAACGUACGAAAGAAGAGGAAUGAUCGACAAAAUCAAGAUAAGGAAAAAGACAAAGAGACUGAGAAAGAGGAUAAUGAAAAAGAAAAGGAGAAAGAGGUUGAACGACCAGAAAAGAAGCAAAGGGCUGGAAAGAAAACAUUGAGCGUGUGGGGUCAUUACACUAUGUUGCCUGAUUGUGAUCCUAAGAAGCCAAGAGCUGCUUGCAAUUAUUGUGGCACCGAUUAUGCGGCUAAUACAAAGUUGAAUGGGACUAGCACACUAUGGGCACAUGUGGAGAGAAAAUGUAAGAAGUGUCCUUUCAGUGAUUGGGUUGAGCAAAGUAAGAAGCCACAAUCAACUAUGGAUAGAUUUACUAAAAAGACAACAACCUGCAAUGAAGAAGAAGUUGCUUCAAGUGGUCUGCCGCUAAGGUUUAAUCAAAAUGCUGUUCGGAAAGUGAUCGCCGAAUAUAUCAUUAUGGAUGAGUUAUCCUCUAGGCACGUGGAAGGAAAAGGAUUUCAAAAGCUCAUUAAACAUUUCUUUCCCACAUUUCAGUUCCCAUCAAGAUUUACUGUUGUGAGAGAUAUUUACAAUGUGUUUCUAGAUCAGAAGAAAGAGUUGAAGUCGAUUUUGGUGAAGCACAGAGUGUCGUUGACCACCGAUUGUUGGACAUCAAUCCAGAAUAUUAGUUAUUUGUAUUUGACUGCACAUUGGGUUGAUGAUAAUUGA